AUGGCGACCAACCUUGACGCUAUUCUCAAGAAAUACGCUGCCCAGGGCACCGACACCAAGAACAAGGUUCUCGGCGCCGCAUUCGUGUUAACUCUCUCUUUCUUCAGGCAUCCUCUACUCCGGCUCAGCAGGCCGCAACCAACUCUCCCCCUUUCCGCGGCCUUCACUCCUUCCUCCGUAACCUACAUAGCCUCCAUGUCCAAAUUCCCAACCUCCCUUCGCGCGAUGCAACUCGUCGAACGCGGCCUACUUUCCCUCGAUGAUGACGUCCGCCCCCAUCUCCCCGAGCUCGCAUCCUCUCUUGUGCUGAAAGGCUUCCAGUCUGAUGGAACACCCAUUCUCGAACCUUACGACGUCCCGGUCACACUCCGCCAGUUGCUCUCGCAUACUGCGGGGCUGGGGUAUGACAUCCCGGAUGAGGAUCUCAUCCGCUGGGCGCGAGAGGUCAAGCACACGGCUAAGUCCACUGGCGGCACGUUGCAGGGUUUGAUGUUUCCCAUGCGGUUUGUGCCCGGGGAGACGUGGUCUUAUGGUACGGCUAUCGAGUGGGUCGGUAUACCCAUCGAGCGGAUCACGGGGAAGAGGUUGGAGGAGUACAUGAAGGAGGAAAUCUUCGAUAAAUUGGGUAUGGAGAGCUCUGGGUUUUAUUUACGAAGGCUGUUAGAGGGCGGGAGCGGGAAGGAAGAGAGGUUUGUUCCGAUUGCGAUCAGGGAUACGAAUGUUUUGCGAGCGCUUGCGGGUGGUGAGGAAGGAUUAAUUACGAAGGAGAGUGCCGAGUUAAUGGUUGCUCCGCAGUUGAAUAAGCAGCAGAGAGAAGAAUUGGAGAAGAUUGUGUACGGGGAGGAGGUAACUUGGCUUACGCCGUUGCUUGAGAGGAAAGCUGAGGGACCACUGGAUUAUGGAUUGGCUGGGAUGAUCAACUUGGAGGAUAUGGAGGGACGAAGGAGGGCGGGGAGCAUGAUGUGGCUUGGAACUGCUGGCUCUCACUGGUGGAUUGAUCCUAAGGCUGGGGUUGGAGGAGUGCGGUUUGCUACUGUGUUCCCAUGGGGUGAUCCUGUAAUCAGGGAUCUGUUUGUCGAGUUAGAAAGGGGCGUUUAUGAGGACCUUUUUCAUAUCUCAAAGUAG